AUGAACCGCCUCAUCUUGAACAAGGCGACCUCGUCGAACGACGAGCCCACGCCAGGAUACCUCUACAACGAAAUAUCGCAAAUGGCUUUCUCCUCCAAGGAAUCCAUGAAUCUCGUGGGGGAGUACCUACUGAAAAAAUUGCAGAGGACAGAUGUCAAUGUAAAAAUAAAAACGCUUAAAAUAUUAAAGCAUCUCUGUGAUAAGAAAAGACCCGAUUUUCGAAACUUUCUAAAAAAAAAAAUCGACAUAAUUAAAAAUUGCCAAACGUGCAAUAUAGUCCAUGACGAACUUAAGGGAGAAACUCCCUCCAUGCUCGUGAGAAAAGAAGCAUCCGAUUUGAUUAAACUGAUUUAUUCUUAUGACGCUGCAGAGACUGAUGGGAAAAGCGCAUCCAACAGUCAUCAUGACAUGGUGAAAAAUAAUAGAAUACAGGGUUUUGGCAAUUCGCACUUUGAAAAGAGCACCACUGCGAGCAGCAUGAAUAGAGGCAUGCAAAGCAGCAUGCACACCGCUAUGCACAGCAGUUAUGGAACCCCCGCAGGAGGAGGCAGUGCACUCAGCCCAAACCCAGGCAACCACAUGGCGAACAAUUUUAACAGCCGAAAUAAUUACAUGAACAAAAUGUCCGGUUUUGGAAAUCCCUACUUUAACCAAAACCCUGGACAGAAAACCAAGGGAGAAAUAGCCAUACAGUAUCUAAACGAAGUGGCCAACAAAUAUAUUCCAUCCUCCUUCGUAAGCAAAAUUAACAAGGUCAGUGCGUCUCUGUCAAAAAAUUACGCCAACGGGUCGCUGAACAUACAGAGCAUCAUGAACGGUAACGCCUUUAACAGGAACUUGGAGCGGAGCCGCGUGGGUAGGUCAGCGGGCAGUCACCAGGGAGGAGGCGGUUACGGCGGGUUUAGCAAUCAAGCCGCGUUUAGCAGCCGAGGCGGGGUUAGCAGCCACGCCCCGUUUAGCAGCUUCAGCGGACAGGCCCCCACCGGCAGGAUGCACCCCAGUGGAGGCUUCCAAAAUGCGAGGCGAGAGGACCAAGGGAGAAAACCGCAAGAAUCACAAACCGCCGGAAUUUACGAAAGAAAAAUAAUCGAAGAUGUGCUGAUUAACGCUGGAAUUAAUAAAGUACCAGCCGAAAGUCUGCUAAAUGAAUUUGUCCAAAAAUGUGAAACCCUAGACACAAAGCUUAUAGUAUCCAUUCUUACCUCCAAACUGAGAUUAAAAUAUAUCGACGAAGAGGAAAACUGGAAAAAUAAAUUUAAGGUACUCUGUGCUGUGAGGCACCUCCUCCUACACAGGAAGAAGAAACAAAACGGAAAGGCAAUUGAGACGUUAGAAGUUCUUAUUCAGAAUUUAAAAGACCAAACGUUGGAGGAGCUUUACCGAUGCAAAGAAAUUAAGCAUCUAAAAAAACAAGUGAUGGAAAUUUUUGUCCUGAUUGGUCUUCGGGUGAAGCAGCCAAGUGGGGACUCAAGGAGGGGGGAAGGCAAUCGCAGUAUGGAAGGGAAGCAUACUAUGCAAGUCAAUCCCAGUUUGGAAGUGCCAAACCUUCUUGACAUCGAUGACGAUGUGCAGAUGGACGUAACAAGCAGCCCUGGCAACAGUAGGAACAGCGCGCACGGGGAGGGAACAACGAGCACACAGGGUCGUUACCCGCCCAUAGGGGACGCAUAUGCAAGCGGCUUCCACAAUGGCAACACGUCGGCUAGGAGUUUGGACUUUCUCCCUCAGAGGAAAAAGUAUCCAACGGAAGGAGGCAGCCAGGAGAAUAUGAAAGUGGAUCUUGUGGACGAUUUAAUAAUCCAUUUUGACAACCUCUCCAUGGGGGCGCCUCCAAAUCGCGAUGCCCCCCAAAGGGGAGGAGGCAGCAGAGGAGAGAGCCGACGAGAUAGCAAAACAGCACCGAACGACAGCAAGCUGUUUAGCAGCCUCCAUGUGAAGUACCAAGACAAAGAGGACACACAGCACACAUGCGAAAGCAGCGAUAGAAACUUUGCCACUGGGCAAAGCAUCCAAAAGGGGGAAAAAAGAAACCCACCCGAAAUGUCAAGCAGUGCACGCGCCCAUAGACAGAACAGUAACCAAAUUGACUUAAGUGACACCGGGGCUAGUAACCUGAUUUUUCUAGAAAAUAAAGAUCAAGGGGGAAACAAAACAGGAGCCAUAAGCGCGGAAAAGAACCUUCCUCAUUUUAACGAGGCAAUUGAUUUCUUCACCUUUGAGAACGCUAUAGAGGGGGGAAGCGGCGGAGAUAAAAAUAGGACGACAACCACCCCCCGGGGGGGGAAUAACGCACAUGUGGCUGACACCAAGUACAGUGACGAAACAGAUAAUGCCAAAAUCGGUGGCGGCUUUGAUGGCGGCUUGGGUGGCAACUUCGAUGGAAGUUUCGAUACCAACUUCGAUACCAGCUCGAUGUUCCACUUGAGUAAAGACAAAAAUGCCACAAUGAAAAUUUACGAUCCUUCCAAACGGCAAGAGAAUGAACCUUUUGGUGGAAACAAAAAUGUCAACCGGAAAAAUGUACAAAGCCACGAUUUAAGCUUCAUAGAUAUGCGGGAGGAAUUUCCCAGCUUGACGAGUGACUCCCACUUUGCCAAUGAAAGCUCAGUACUCAGUUGUGGAAAAGGACAAGUCCAGGGAUAUACACCCCCAUACGGAGGAGGCAUAAUGAACACUAGUAGUAACCCCUAUGAUCAACCUCAGCAGGGGAACAGCUACCACAUGAUGCAUACGAAUGACUCAAAUAAAUCCGCAGAGAAAUUUCAGAGCCAGCUAACCAGUUCGGGGACUUUUCCCAGCACAGAUGAUCAGAUAGAUAAGUUCUUUAACUCCUUUGCCAUUUCGUCCAAGAGAAAUGAAGAAGGAAAUAAGAAGCCCAGCGUGCAGAUCGACGCGUUCGAACUGUUGGCUGAUCAGCUGAAGCUGUGA